GUAAACACGCUAGUCGAAUACACAAAUUAUAUGUAUAAAAUAGGCUUAUGCUAUUUAUUGCGGAAGUAAUGGCUUCCUAAAAUUUAAUUGCUGAUGUUAAUUUGUAAGCGAUAGUUUAUCCCUUUUAAACAAAUACUGUCAGGUUGAUAAUGUAUCCUGAUACAGCCAAGUGUGCAUUGUGAAUAUUUGUGUCAUCCGGCUUCUACUCCCUUCAAUUUCCUACAGCAGCGUCCCGUGCGAAAGCUACAAAGAACUCUCUUAUAAUAAAGAUUGUCGUUGUAUAAUAAGAUUAAUUAAUACAUUUUCACACCUUCGGCAAAUGUUUUGGUAUAAAUGUAUUGUUGUAAAUAUGUUUGUUUUAGAUAUUGCUUUGUAAAAUAUCUUUGGAAACUGACGACCAGCUUUGCUGUUAACAUGAAUCCAAGUUAAUUUAAAGCAAUUACUCAUUUAAUAUGGGUGAUACCGGUGGUGUCACUUCUGUUACAAGCAAAAUGAAAAGUAGAGUCGAAGAAGAGGACGAAUCAGAAGAAGAAGUUUGGGAUAGCGAAGACGACGACGAGACUAUCGCCAGAAUUCAGCGCGCUCACUACGCGCAAGCAGCCGCUAUGAAUCCUCGUCGGCGGGCGCCUCCGCGCCCUCGCCCAAUGAGCCACAAAAGAAAAUUAGAAGCAGUGAAAAAUUUUCAUGAUUUUACUAAAAAGUUAAAAAAAGACACUGGUAUAUCAAUUCGUAGUUUAGUAGGAAACAAUAUAUUAGAACUAAGUGACUUUUCUAGUGAAGAUAGUAAAUCGGAAAGUGAUGGUUUAUCCGAGGAAGAGUUUGUUGUUAACCCAAAUGCAGUUCAGGAGUUAGAGGAGGAAAACGAAAGUUACAUUGAUCCUGUAACAGGUGAUAUUGUGGAAUGCAAGAAAACAGUUCAGAGACCUGUAAGUCCAGACAAUAUUUCUCACCAUUCUGAUGUGCAGCAAAAUGAAGAGCCCAAAACACUUUCAAUCAGUGACAUAAUUAAUGAGGGUGGUAUUGACUUGAGUAAAAAUGUUGAGAUUGCUGAAGUUGAAACAAGUGAAUUAUGCCCAGACAAAUGUCCAGAGGAUUUGUUAGAUAUGAAGCAAGAUGAGGCUAGCCAGGACUUUGAGGAGUCAAACAAUGUAACUGAGAUUCACAAUGAAGAGGUCAAACCUCAAGAUAAGUUAAAUGAGGAAGCGGGUCCUGUAAAAGAUGAAAAGAAACCUGAAACGGAAGAAGAGAAAAAACUGAACAAUCUUAAUGCAAUUAAUGUAAGGAGAAAUAUUAGAGAAGUAAUGGACGAGAAAAAUUUGGACGCAUCAACUUUAACAGCCCAACGGCAGGAGUCUGAACGUCUGGCUCGUGUACAAGAACAGCAGAGGAUCAUCAGAGAGGUGCAAAGACAAAUAGCAAUGAACAGACAGAACAAAAUUCACCAGAAAACUCUCUCUUUAUUACAAGGCGGAUCUUCAAUAUUAAAAAAGUCUGGGCCUGGACAAAAAUUAAAUUUACCAAACACUGUAACAGUGAAAAUGCCAUCAGGGGAAAUUAAGAGGACUAUUAAACAUGGGCAAGUUGAACUUACCAAAGUCCAAAAGCCGACAACUUCAGCAACAUUUUCACAGAAGCUUGGCAAACUUGAUCAAAAGCCAGAAAAGAAAGAGGUGGUUGAAAUAGUUGAUAGUAGUAGCGGUGAAGAAACUUCAUCGUCAUCUUCAGACUCUGACGAUUGCAUAAUGUUGUCAGAUUCAGAAGUACCGCCAAGUCCUGAGGCUGAGGAAGAUCCCGCUAAUUCUGGUUUGCAUGUAAAUGACACCUACAAUAUACCAGACGAGCAAGGACGCGUCUUGAUAAACAUCGGUCAUCCAGAAUCAGAAGAAGAUAUAUUCUUAGCUCCUCAAAUUGCUAGAAUUAUAAAACCGCAUCAGAUUGGAGGUGUGCGGUUCUUGUUUGACAAUAUCAUAGAAUCUGUUGAGAGAUUUUCAAAUUCAACAGGAUUUGGUUGCAUAUUAGCACAUUCUAUGGGACUCGGGAAGACUUUACAGAUUGUCUCCUUCUGUGACAUAUUUCUGAGGCACACCACAUCAAAAACUGUGCUAUGUAUUAUGCCAAUUAAUACUCUACAAAAUUGGGUGGCAGAGUUCAACAUGUGGCUGCCGCUAGAUGCGAGCAACAGCCCGCUUGCAGCGCACGGUGAGGUCCGUCCAAGGAACUUUCCCAUCUACGUCCUCAACGACAGCCACAAAACGCUACAGAUGCGCGCUAAAGUUGUUAAGGAUUGGACUGCAACUGGCGGUGUGCUUAUGAUAGGAUACGAACUAUAUAGACUUUUAAGUAUGAAAAAGGACAAGAAACCUCGUAAGAAAAAAAAGGCGGAGUUGAAAGCCGAAGCGGAAAAAGAGAAAGAAGCACAGAGAAAUGAUAAAAAUGAAGUUAAUGAAGAAAUGCAGGGUUCAGAAAGUAAUAUGUCAAAGCCAUCAGAAGAAUCCCGAGGUGAAAAAGAGGAAGGCGAAACUCUAAAUAAAACUGACCAAGAAAUUAAAGAUAAGGAAGAGAAAAAAGAAGAUAGUCCAGCUGAUGAGGACAAAAAACUUUUGGAUGAAAUGUAUGAAGCACUGGUACGACCUGGGCCAGACCUGGUGAUAUGUGACGAAGGUCACAGAAUAAAGAAUUCUCACUCAAACAUAUCUUAUGCUUUAAAACAAAUGAGAACAAAACGCCGCGUCGUUCUCACUGGUUAUCCGUUACAAAACAACUUAUUGGAAUACUGGUGUAUGGUUGACUUUGUGCGACCGAAUUACUUGGGCAGUAAGACUGAAUUUUGCAACAUGUUUGAACGUCCCAUACAAAAUGGACAAUGUAUUGAUUCCACGCCUCAGGACAUUCGGCUAAUGAGAUAUAGAGCCCAUGUUCUUCAUUCAUUGCUCGUGGGUUUUGUACAAAGACGAUCUCACGCCGUGCUUCAGUCUACUUUACCACAGAAAGAGGAAUAUGUGCUGCUCGUGCGCAUGACACCUUUGCAAAGAAAAUUAUACGACAAAUUCAUGAAUGAAGUUGUUAGAACUACAUCGGUGCCUAAUCCGUUAAAAGCAUUCGCUAUUUGCUGCAAGAUAUGGAAUCAUCCAGAUGUCUUAUACAAUUUUCUUAGAAAAAGAAAUGAAGUUAACAUGGCCAUCGAGGAAGAUCUAGAUUUAGAGGAAAUAGGCGGAGUCACUAAAGCCGGUCGACAAACUAGAUCCAGAGGAAAUCCCAAAAAGGCAGCUAAACCUCGGGGUUCUAAAAAGCCUGCGGCUACUAUACCUCCUAAUACUACUGGUUCAGGAAAUGUUCAAGAUGCGGGAACUUUUGGAAAUACACCGUUCCCCCCAAACGGUCCUUACCCAGGACCACCAGGUCUACCGGGGCAACCAGGGAUGCCUGACUCCUAUAGAUCCGGUAGACCAGAGGCUCCAUAUCCCCCGUAUCAAGAAUAUCAUAACUCUGGCCAAGGUUACUAUCCCCCGAAUCAAGGCUAUAAUCAGGAAUUUAAUAGCAAUUAUUAUCAACAAACUCAACCGCCGUAUGGCAACAAUUAUCCUAAUCAGUAUCCUCAGAACAAUUCUGACUGUAGCCAAGGAUAUAAUCAAAAUUACUGGAACAAUAGCAACUAUUAUGGUAAUCCAGGUUACUAUAACAAUCCUCAGUAUCCGAACUCACAACCGCAACCAGAGUUUGCUGGUAAUCCUCCGCCUAAUUUCAAUAAUAGUCAACCGUAUCCAUCAAACUUUAAUACAAUGGAUCCAAACAAUCAACCAUAUCCUAACAAUCAAAUACCACAGUAUCCCGGUAACCAGGAUAACUUCACCAAUCAACACCGGCCUCCCUUUCAGGGACCUCUUAAUCAAACUACUCCAGCAUAUCCUACAUUUGAUUCCAGUGCUUCAGCACCCACUAACUACCCAAGUAGUCAGCCACCACAGAAUUAUUCCAAUGCACCAUAUCAACCUCCAUCGUUUCCUGGAAACAGUACAAGCUAUGGAUCAAAUAUCCCACCUCCUUACAACCAAUAUAAUAAUCCUAAUUCAAAUUAUCCUGCUUACGGAAAUAAUCCUACUCCUAAUCAGUCUCAAAGUAAUUCCUUGCCUAAUCAAACGGCAGUUAAAACUGAGAUGAAUGUGGAUUCCAAUUAUCAGACUACUGAGAGGAAACCUGAACCAAGCUAUCCUCAAAAUAAUGUUCCAUUUGAAAACUCAUAUAAUUUUCAUCAGCAAAAUCCUCUAUAUCCAAAUCAGUCAGAGACAGGUACGAGCGGUAGUUAUCCGUGUCAGUACCCGCCUUUCUCUUCUAACCUUGAAACAAAACCGCCUCUCGAUAGCGCUGGGAGUCCGGUCACAUCAUGGCCAAUCACAGAUACGAUUAAGACUGAAAUAGACAAACUAAAACUUGAAGACAAAUUGGAAAUGAAAUCUGAAUCAGACGGAGAGGUCAAAAUAGAAGAUCUAGAUACCAAGAAAAUUGUUAAAGAUGAAACUAAAAGAGACAGUUCCAAAUUAGCAGCGUCGCCUAAAAAUCAAUUUGUUGAAGGUCCUUCAAAAGAUGGUGCAUUAUCAAAAGAAAUAACUAAAAGUGAUAAAUCAGAAUCUGACGAAGCCGCCAAGAAAGCUAAACAAAAAGGCAAAGGAAAAGACAGUAAGAAAGCAGAAAAACCGAAGGCCAGAGGACGACCCAAUGCGAAGGGACGGAAAGAUAGAAAAUCAUCGAAAGAUAAGAAUAACGAGGAGUCGGAAUCUGAAGAAAGUGAAAAGGAGGAAAAAAUGAAUAAAGAAGAGGAGUUAGCUAUGGUGAAAAAGGCGGAAGAAAUGACAUACGAUUGGGCGGCCGAAUUGUUGAAGGAUUACGUGCCGGGUAUUAUUGAAAAUUCCGCCAAGAUGGAGUUGUUCUUUUAUCUUCUCAAUGAAAGUAUCAAAGUCGGAGAUAGGUUAUUACUUUUUAGUCAGAGUUUAUUUACAUUGAAUCUUAUUGAGGAUUUCUUGGAAAAAAAUUACAUCCCUGGUACAGUUAGUUUAUGGCAGAGAAAUGUUUCAUACUACAGACUAGACGGGUCAACCCAUGCUUUGGAACGAGAGAAGUUGAUCAAUGAAUUUAACUCGAACCCUAAUAUAUACUUAUUCCUGGUUUCGACUCGCGCCGGCUCACUCGGUAUUAACUUGGUGGGGGCCAACAGGGUCAUUGUGUUUGACGCUAGCUGGAACCCUUGUCACGACACGCAAGCUGUUUGUCGAGUAUAUAGGUACGGUCAGCAAAAGCCAUGUUUCGUGUACCGUUUCGUGAUGGACUGGUGUUUGGAGAAGAAGAUCUACGACAGACAGAUCAACAAGCAGGGCAUGGCGGACCGCGUCGUCGACGAGUGCAACCCCGACGCCGUGCUCUCUAUGAAGGAGAUCACCAAUCUAUGCUUUGAUAAUGACGAAAAAGAAUCAGAAAUAAAAGAUCUAUCAGAGCACGCAGAGAAGUAUGUUGACUUGCUGAUGCAAGGUAUUCUCACAAAGCACGGCACAUUGUUGAGCAAGGAACCUUUCCAGCAUGAAUCACUCCUAGUCGAUAGAAAGGAGAAGAAAUUAUCUAGCGCUGAAAAAAGACUUGCACAAAGAGGUUACGAGUUGGAGAAGAAGGCGGCCCUGGCGCCGAAGCCGACGGGCGCGUACCGCGCGGUGCGCACGGCGGACGGCACGGUGGUGCAGCGGCCCGUGGCCUCCGUGCGGCCGAUGCAGCACGCGCGCUGGAUACCUGCAGACGUGUGGCGCCGACAGGGCAUGACCGCGCAGGAGAUGACGCUGCCUCUAGACGUUGUUAUACCUACGAAUUCGGCCGAAAAGACUAAUAUUGUACUAAAGGCAGGACAGCGCGUCAUGGUAUUGAAGUCGCCGAAAGGUAUUUAUAUGCAGCUCGAGUCUGGUAAAAUCAUUGCAAUUAAGACGUCACUCAAAGGUUUGCAAAAAGGAUCCGAAGUCAAAGAAGGAACCCCAAUAGGAAAGAAAGUUUUGAGCAAUCGCGCUGCAGUAAAUAUUCCUGGUUCUUUAAAAAAUAACUCUGCAAUUACGAUAACAUCAAAGACCGGACUUAGACCUGGGAUGCAAAGAGUAAUGUCCCGACCCUCAAUGUUAGGUCCUAACAAAAUGAGACCCGUAUUGCCUGGUCAAAAGAUAGCAGAGAUAAGAAGCCGUUUAGGAGAUAUGAAGUCGUACACAGCGAUGCGUCCGAAGAUGCCAAUGAAUCACGCGCGUUUACUGCGGCCUAACCUACCCGGUUCUGUUAGUAUAACAAGGAUACCGAAACAAAUAAAAAAGCCUACAAACAUUGCGUCCAAUGAGUCGAAGAAAAUGGAAUUAGAGUCGGAUGAAGACCCUCAGGUAUUAGACAGCGAUGAGGAAGAGGAUUCACCAAACGAUAGUAAGGAACAAGAAACAAGCGAGCAAACAAACAAAAAAGAAGAAGCCGAAAGAAAAGAAGACAAUAGUGAAUGCCAAAAGUCAGAUGCCCCUCAAGAAGCUGAAAAAGAUACGAUAACAGAAAAAGACCAGAAAAGUAACGACAGUGAACCAAUGGUACUCACGACGGAUGAGAAAUUACCACCUGAAGAUGCCUUAGAAAAUAAAUCCAUGAAUGAAACACCUAGAGAAAUACCCGAUGCCCCCAACAAUCACAUGAAUUUGGCACAUAACGAAAUGCACGAACCCACACCAAUCGAAAAGAAAAUAAAUCUAUUAAAGAACUAUAGGCACCAACGUCCUUUCGGCCGACCGCAGACGGAAUCUAGUUUAACUCAGCUAGAAAGAACGGCUAGCACAUUGAACAAUGAAGGAAUACCAGACUUUCGAAGAAACUUGGACGAUAUUACACAAUCUUACUCACCGGUCACCGAUGACAAAACAAACAAUAAAUCCAGAAAGAAGAAAUCACCAACUAAAAUUGAAACAAAUCCCGAACCUCGGAAUAUAGAAACACCUGUAAAUAUAGAAAGGCCGCCGAUACCGAGUUCAAAUAUGUCUCAUAGUGUAUCCAGUCUACUCGGCUCGAGCACGCAGAAACCUCGGGUCGAUCCGAUGCUCGGCAACCACUUACCUAAACCCAGGAUGAGCGACUCGAUAGCACAAAACUUAUCGCUCAGUGGGCCCCGACCAAAUCCUUUGGGCAUAUCUCACGACAACCAAAUCAGUCCACUGCGCGAUUACACUAUGGGCCAAAGUUUAGAUCAUUCGAAGCACAUGGCGAUGGGCCCGGCCUUGGGGAACAUAGGGCUGAUGGGUGGUCCCCCGGUGACGCCUAACAUUGACGUGCGGAAAGUACCGGGUUCGCUUGGUGAUCCUCUAAGCAGUCCUAUGCCAACUGGUGCGCUGAAACCUGUACAGCCUUAUCCCACUCACAAUCCGCCUCCAGAAGUACCUUAUGGACAAUAUCCAGGUUACGGCAUGGGGUACGGCGCGUACCCGAACCCAGCGUACUACGCGGGGUACGGCGGCGCGUACUACCCGCCGUACCCGCCCACCACCACGCCCUCUGUACCGCCGCCAGAUAACUACCUGCCUUCUAACCAGCAGUGGUAGAACACCAGUGACAUAAGUGAAUAAACAUUUUAUAGACUACUUGAGUAAAACAGUAUGUGAGUUACAUCGAGUGGGUUAUGUGGGCGUACGUUCGAAAUAUAAUUCAUUCUCAUUUCAUAAAAUUUAUGUAGCUUUAAUUUAUAUCAUUUUAUAGUCAUCAUAAUUCCUGUCAUGAAUAAUUGUGUUUAAAAACCAAGUGUAAAAUGUUGAUGCACAAUUUUUUUUUCCUUGUAUUCAUAUAUGUUCUACAAUUUAUUUAUGCAUAAAAAUGUUAUAUUUGAUACAUAGUUAUACAAUUCUCAACAGAUCUUAGUAUGUAUUUUGUCGUACAAUUUUUGUUUUCGUAUUUCUCCAUACAUAUACUUAGCUUUUCGAAGAAAACAUCGGGCUAAAGAAGUAACUGUAAAUACAUGAGCCUCAUGACGAUUGUUUCUCGUAUUUUACUGUUUAAUACCAAACGAUUAUUUUGACAUUUAAAUGGAAGUAAUACGAACAAUGUCUUUAAUGUAUAAUUGAUAAUUCUGUAUUAAGAAUACUGAAGUCAUGACGUGGAAGUACUUAUUGCUAAGUAUACGCAGUUGUAAAUGCAUUUUAAUGCAAAGCGUUAAUUCUAUAAUUAUUAUCAUACGAUGUAAAUUAACUAUCGUUUAUCAUUUUACAAUUGUAUUAGUCGGAAAUCUCAAUAAACUGUUUUUUUUUCGUUGAAAGUAAAAUUUCUGUUCAAUACUGGCUCUGUCUUUCGAAUAUUACGGCUACGGAUUGGUCGAUGGAUGUGAUACGUUGCUAAAUUAAAGGUUAAGUCGAAAUUAGCUCGUAAGGAGUAUUUAUCAUUUAAUUAGCACUAGAUAGGCGUUCAUAACGGUUAUCCUAAGCAUUUCAGUUCGCAUCAGUCUUUCGACUUGCCCGCAACAGGGGGCCUAGCACGAAUAUUUGCCAGAAAGAGUUCGUUAUGUCAUCGACAAAAUUUGUAUUACAUACAGCGACAACUCUCAUACAAACUUCAACAAAAUUUGUAGAUUACGUUAUGAAUACUUUCUCACAAAUUUUCGUGCUAGGCCCCCAGUUAUAUUUACGCCGAUAGUAUUAUUCGAAUAUGCGAUUUUUAUGUUGUCUAAUUUCGAUAUUAUUAAAGAUAUGCGUUACUAUUUCUAUUUUCCUUUUG